GUUAAUUAACUUCGAGUUGCCCAGUGCCCACAACAACAAAAUUCUUUUUUUUUUGGGUACCAAAAUAAUAGACUAAUAUAUAACUUAAGUGUGAACUGUGUGUGAGGAGUAUAAGAUUCACGAAAAAGAAUAGCACAAUUUAUUUGGGGACAGAACAAUGAGUUUCUCGGUGGUCUUGUUCCACAAUCCUCACUGUGCAACAACAACAACAACCAUCUUCACAAUCUCAUCAUCAUCUUUCAGACCAAGAAGAAAUCUAUCUUCAUCUAAUCGUAUCUUUUCGACCAAUCAACCUAAACCCUUGGUCAAAAAACUUCAAAUCAUCGAAACCCUAGCCGCCAGAGACACAAUCAUAGACUUCGGCAAACACAAGGGCAAAAUGCUUGGUACUUUGCCUUCUUCUUAUCUCAAAUGGGUCUCAAAGAAUCUUCGUGCAGGAGAUACUGAGUAUUGGGCAAAGCUCGCAGACGAAGUCCUCGAAGACGAUGUUUAUAAAGAUAGAGCAGAGUGGGAAUUUGCAGAGAAAAUCCUCCAUGGAAGUGAUGAGAGCAUGAGGGCUUUAACUUCUGUAAAGAAGAACAGAGAAGAGACAAACUCUGUUUCUAUGUUGUUGGAGAUUAGUGAGAAAUUUGUGUCUGAGGCACGAAGAAUGACUGAAGCUGGUGCUCUGACUUUCGGAGUUCCAUCAUCAGUGAAGGUCGGCUGA